AUGACUGCGACCGCCGAGCGUUCCGCCGCCCCUGGCGCCGCUGCUCGCGGCGGCGUUGCCGGAUCCGCCAGCGCGUUCGGCGCCGCGAAGCACGGGUCUCCAGCGGAGCUGGAGCGGGUCGAAAGCGAGGGAGAGAUGCUGCACGGCGUGGCGGUAAGCGCGGCGCCAUUCGCGGCACGCCUGCCCUGCGCGGCGGAGAUGGUCGGCGGAGGUGGCGGCGCGGUGGGAGAGAAGGGGGCGUGGGAGGGAGGGAGAAUUGCAGCAGGUCUGGUGGGGGAGGAAAGGCGAGGAGAGUAA